CUGGCAGGAGAAGCAACGGAGCAAGAUGUAGAAUUGUUGGAUAUAGUUUUGCUAGCGUCAGUGGAUGGGAAGUUUCAUGCGCUUAACAGGACAUCGGGCCAAACGCUGUGGUCGAUGUCUUCGUUCGCUUCCUCGACGGCCGCAGCAGCCCCGACGGCUCUCGCCCCGCUAAUUCGAACGAUUCACCAUGACCAUGAUCCUGACCUUGUUGACGACAAUACUGACCAGGAGACCUACAUUAUCGAGCCCCAGUCAGGAGAUAUUUACGUUAUGGUUACCCCGUCGAGUCCCCUUCAGAGGUUCCCGUUUUCCAUGUCCGAACUAGUGGACAUGUCGCCAUUUAGUUUCGCCGAUUCGGACGACCGCAGGGUGUUCGUAGGCAAGAAGGAAACAUCAUUACUCCUUGUUGAAUUGGAGACGGGAAGAAUCAAAGCAACGUUGAAUUCAGAGUGUCCUUGGGAUCCGUUCGAGGGCUUUCAGGAUGAUGAUGAAUUGGAUUUGGAUGAGCUUGAAGGGAGCAAGCCCAAGCCGCCGCCACCUACAGAGGUGUUCAUUGGGCGCACAGAUUACCACAUAUCCAUUUAUUCUCGACCUCUCAAGAAUUCUGGGUCGACCCCGGCACCCAUCCAAAAUCUAUCAUUUUCCACAUAUGGCCCGAAUAACCAGGACACUCUGUUGCAAGCAUCAUACAAACGGCCCAAGGACGACGCAUACAUUCAAGGAUUCCCCAACGGCGAUAUUAUGUCCUUUAAGGGUAGAGGCGAAGACACUGGCAUCCGUUCAUCUUCUCCACUGUGGGGCCGGCGAUUUACAAGCCCCAUUGUUGCGGUAUUCGAUGUACUACGCAAACCUCAGCCUUACUCCCGUGGAUCCUAUACCUUCGUGCUUCUUCAGCCCCGUCCAGGUCUUCAAGACGUCCUACCAUCCCUCUCCUUGGACACUGCCAGAGACCAUCUCCCAAAUCACCCGAAUGCCUACGUCGGUAUCGUUGAAGAAACAGGAAGUUUAUUUGCCAUGAGCCCCUUGAGUUAUCCGCUCGUGGCUUUCGGUGGAAUCCGAGGAGCUUCCAUGCCAGAACGUCCGGGGAAGUACAUUGAUUCUGCGCCAAUGUCAAGCGAAGUUGAUGAGAUAACUCGGAUGAGGAAGCUGAUGGAGAAGGAGCGAGAGCGAGAGCGAUUACUCAACAAGGAUGGCUGUGACAUGGAGAAUCCAGACACGAUUUUCGACCGCAGAUGUUUGAUCGGUGUACGGAAAUUAGAGGGUGGCGAUGGCGAGGGUGCGGAGAGUCGCUUGAAGAGACUUUUGGAUGGCUCACCCACGUCGCCGUAUCCGCAGUUGACCGCAGGUGAAGAGGACAAUGACACGCGCAGCCACGAUAAACCGUCGGAGUAUAAGAAGGAGCUUCCUCCAUCAAGCUCUGCAUCUUCAACUAAUAGAUUGUGGGACACGGUACUUAUUGCUGUGCUACUUGGGAUGCUCUCCGUUUGGUUCGGAAUAGCGAAGUUCAAAGGUGAUGGGAAGGCAGGGCUGCCCCCCAUGCCAGCAGUCCUGGAGGAUUCCAUCGAGGACGUUACGGUAUCGGAGCCUGUAAUCGUAACGGAAACGGACCCGAUGCCCUCAAUUGACAUUCCUGAGGUGGUUCAGCCUCUGCCAAGCUCUCCACCACCUCCAAUUCAAUCAAAUGACAAGCGUGCUGAAGAUGCUGGAGAUACUGGAGGAGACGACAGCGAUAAAGAGCUCGAGGGUGAAUGUGAUGUCACCCCCAUUCCCAAUAAGCGAAAGGGAAGACGGGGAGGACGAGGCAAGAAAAAGCGACCUAAUACUGCAGCACUUGUUGAAGUUGAAGAGGGGAAGAAGCCAGAUGUCAUUGUCGAAAUACCUCCCCCGCAGACACUUGUGAUUGAGUCCAAACCGGUCGACCCGAAGCCUUCAUUGGUCGUUUCGGAGACUGUACUAGGAUUUGGCUCUCAUGGGACAGUCGUGUUCCAAGGAUCACUGCAAGGGCGUGCUGUUGCAGUCAAACGUCUCUUGCAGGAUUUCGUCACUCUCGCAUCUCGGGAAGUCAGCAUUCUGCAAGAGAGUGACGACCAUCCGCAUGUUAUCAGAUACUACUACCAAGAGGCUCAUGCCAACUUCCUGUUCAUCGCCCUUGAGCUCUGUCCUUGUUCUCUAGCGGACAUUAUCGAGUACCCAGAUCGUGAUCAGCUAAGACCCAUCGUUCAAGCCUUCGAACCCAAGAAAGCUCUUAGGCAAAUAACAAGCGGUCUUCGGCAUCUUCAUGCUCUCAAACUUGUACACCGCGACAUCAAACCGCACAACAUCCUGAUAUCUAGUCAUGGGAAGAUGUUGAUAUCAGACUUUGGGCUGUGUAAAAAGCUGGAUAUAGAUCAGACGAGUUUCUUGCCGACAGCGCACGGGGCGAUGGCUGCAGGGACGGUUGGGUGGAGAGCGCCUGAGAUUCUGCGUGGGGAGGUAAAACUAGAUGAGAUCGGGGAUGAUAAUUCAAUCUCAUCAAGAGGUAGCAGCUCGAGGGGAAGUACCGGAACAGCGACUGGCGCGCCGACGGGAUCCUCACCGACGAGGCUGACAAAAUCGGUGGACAUCUUCGCUUUGGGAUGCUUAUUCUAUUAUACGCUAACGAGUGGUGGUCAUCCAUUUGGGGACCGAUUUGAGAGGGAGAUAAAUAUUCUCAAAAACGAGAAGAGCUUGGAGGGUUUGGAGAGGUUUGGGGAAGAGGGUUCCGAGGCUGUUCAUCUGAUUGAGCAGAUGCUCAACCCGGACUCGCACAAGCGACCGGAUACGACGACGUGUCUCGUGCAUCCGUUCUUCUGGGAUCCAGGUCGCCGGCUCAAUUUUCUGCAAGAUGCAUCAGAUCGAUUCGAAGUCAUGUGUCGGGAUCCCAAGGAUCCAAAUCUCGUAUCGCUAGAAAAAGAAGCGUUCAGUGUCGUUGGGAACGACUGGCAGUCGCAGCUGGAUAAAAUAUUUAUUGAAAAUCUGGGCAAAUUUAGGAAGUACGAUGGCAAGUCUGUGCAGGACCUGUUACGUGCACUUAGGAACAAGAAACAUCAUUAUCAGGAUUUGCCGGAGAACGUGAAACGACAUUUGGGUUCCAUGCCGGAGGGCUAUCUGUCGUAUUUCACGCGAAGGUAUCCUCAGUUGAUUCUCCAUGUGCAUCGUGUUGUAGGUGAGACUGAGCUGCGGACAGAGUCUAUGUUUAGGACAUACUACGAGCUUGCAGAUUGA